AUGUUCAGACAUACUUAUCAGACAGGAUGCCUGUCCAUUUUGUACAGCCUAAGGGGGAAGAAUCCUCUCCAGUCGUGGAAGAGGCACGGUGAGCAGCACUUCGUGCAUGGAUUGACGGGAAAUGAGUGGGGGUGUAUAAGUGCGUAUGGUGACGUUAAGAGCGUCCGGGACGAGGACAUUGAGUCCUAUGUUGUGGAGAUUAUGGGGGCGAACGUUCAGAUGACAGGCAUCACUUGUCCACGGGACAAUUCUGACUCUCUCGCCGUUCGGCUCCCUUUUUUCGUUAUGAUCGUCAAGAACAUGAAGCGCUACUUCAUGUUUGAAGUCGAGGUGAUUGACGACAAAAACAAGCACCGCCGCUUCAUUGCCUCCAAUUUCCGGACAGCAACUCGCGUUGGUCAGUCCGUGUGCUUGAUGCCUGUCACCUUGGACGUUGGGUGGAACCAGGUGCACUUCGACCUUCCUGGCUGCACCCGACUUGCCUACGGUACCAACUACAGGGAAACCGUCCGAGUGAGGGUGUUUGCCAACUGCAGAAUCCGCUCGGUCUUUUUCUGCGACCGAAUAUAUGCCGAGGAAACGCUGCCGCCCGAGUACAAGCUCUUCCUGCCAAUUCAGGUAAAAGCCUAA